AGAUGCGGUGCGGGCAGCUAUUGAACAGCUUGAGCUACUGGGUGCAAUCGAGUGCAAAGACAGCCAGAUCAUUCUGACACAACUGGGCAAGAAAAUGGCAGCAUUCCCUCUGGAACCCAGAUUUUCCAAGGCUGUCCUGCUGUCUCCAGAGUUUCAGUGUUCUGAAGAGAUCUUGACCAUUGUUUCAUUGCUUUCUGUGGACAGUGUCCUGUACAAUCCACACACUAAACGGGAAGAAGCACACUCUGUGAGAAAGAGAUUCAUCUCAAGUGAGGGAGAUCACAUGACCCUACUGAACAUAUAUCAGGCUUUUAAGAAUGUAGGAGGACAUAAGGAAUGGUGUAGAGAGAACUUCGUGAAUGGCCGAAACAUGGCAAUGGUAACAGAAGUUAGAUGUCAACUGCGUGACAUUUGUGCAAAGUUUGGAGUUCGUUUGGAGUCUUCUCGUUCAAACACCAGCAAUAUCCGCCAGUGCUUGGCUCACGCUCUCUUUCUGAAUGCUGCAGAGCUGCAGCUGGAUGGGACUUAUGCAACCCUGGACACCCGGCAGCCUGUAGCUAUCCACCCUUCCUCAGUCCUCUUCAACUGCAAACCUUCCUAUAUUUUGUACAAUGAAUUAUUGCACACAUCCAAAUGCUACAUUCGGGACUUGUGUGUAGUAGAUCCUGAAUGGCUUUAUGAGGCAGCCCCAGAAUAUUUUGGCAGAAAGUUAAAAGGUGUAAACAGCUAAUGCAUCUGAAAUAAUGACAGCUCCCAGUUUGUCUUUUGUAGAUGGGUGCAUCAUUGGUUUUCAGUAGACAAAUAACCACAUGAUUUUGCACUAAAAUAUCAGUCUUUUUAUAUUCAUAUAUGAAUCAACAAAAUAUAAUGCAUUAUUGGCCUUUUCUGAUACAGCACCAGGAGAAGAAAUGGACUGACCAACCGUAUUAACUCUCUUAUUUUCUACUAUCACGUGUUUUUGUUGUCAGUCAAUGGUGGAGUCAUGAAAUUGGAUUUUAACAUUGUUUUUACAUAUCAGCUGGAAAGAAUUUAAUAAGUCAUCUCUUUUUAUCAUUUCCUUAAACUGAGAGAUCUCUGAGAAAUUCAGAAGUGCAUGAGGAUCUGUCCGUGUAGUUUGCUUGGGGCAUGCUUUGUCUGCACAGUGCAGUUAGGGGCGUGCGUCUAUUUGUAGUUUAGCCAAUUUUAU